CCAGAAAAAGAGUAAAAUGCUUGUACACAUCAACAUGGCUGAACAGCGGUUCUUUUCAAUGAAUUGCCUAUUUUUAAUAUUUGUGUGUUUCCUAGGCCUUCCAAACGUAAUACAAAGUGAUUCAUAUCGAGAAUUCAGUCCCAAAGAUAUAAAAGAGUACGAUGGCUCGGAUCCUGAAAAACCUAUUUACAUGGCAGUGAAAGGAGUAGUCUUUGAUGUUUCAACAGGAAAAGAUUUCUAUGGCAAAGGUGCUCCCUACAAUGCACUAGUAGGUAAAGAUUCCAGCAGAGCAGUUGCUAAGAUGUCUCUUGAACCUGCAGAUCUUACCAGUGAUGUGACUGGUUUGACUGAAAAGCAACUUGAGGAGUUAGACACAAUAUUCCAAAGUGUCUACAAGGCUAAGUACCCGAUAGUUGGCUACAUGUCUUGGACAGUUAAAGAAAAUGCUUCUCAUAAAGAAUUGUGAUUGUAUUUUAUUCAGUACAGGGUAUUCAGUUUCCAAUGGUCCUACAGAAAUUACAUGGUAGAAUCAUGAUCAUGUUCUGGUUGCAAUUCCUAGAUGGUACAUUCAUCUGAAAUAUGAAAAUGACCAUUAUUAUUUUUUAUUAUUAAGAUUAUGAAAUAUUUGUCUUUUUAAUCAAAAUAUAUUUUGGGUUUGUAUUUAUAAAACUUUCAGAUAGUAAUUAAUAACAGAGUAGUAUUACAUAUUGGUGGGCUGAAGAAUACAAGGUGUAUAACUAUUAUAUUAUUACAUUGGAAUCUAUGCAUCCCUAAACCAUGGCUAAAUCUUGUGCCUUUUUGCAAUUAUUACUUUAUGCCAAAGGUGGGGGCAUAGUCUACUGCAGUUUCAUCCUGGUGUGUGUGAAUAGAGGUGGGUGCAAAAAUUGUGAAUGCAGAACUUGGGGUGCAAAAAAUUUAGAAUGUGGGAGAUAAUCCCUAUUCCAAUGAAAACUAAUGGUCAUUUUUAGUAUUUUAACUCAGGUGAAUUAAUUUGCUGCCAUCCGUAUCCCCCCCCCCAAAGGUUAUGCCCAUGAUCAUGAUAGGAUGCUGUUUAUUUCUACCGUACUAUUCCAUGCAGUGUACCUUUCUGUAAUGAACCUUGAGCAUCUCUUUUAUGCAAGUGUUGUACUGUUGAUUUUAUUCAAUAUUUAUUAUAGCAAUGGAGUCUUAAAGUGGUUGCUGCACUAGAUGUACAAUAAUCGGGAACUUUUGAUUUUUUUGACGAUGCGACGUUAGAACCAUAUCACGUGUGAAGAUGACUUUUAGUGACGUCAGUACAUUCCAUGUCCUACUGUCGUCGUGCAAUCGAAAGCUCCUUGAUAACGUUCUUGGAACUUAAGAUUACGUGAGAGUGUUAUUCCAAUAUGAACUUCCAAAAGCAUCAAGCCUUUUGUCACCACCUUUAAAAAGUAAUACAGUACACAUUUGAGUGAAGUUAAAUGUAUUUUUCAGACACCUCUUAAUACUGUAGUUUAUCCAUAGAAUACCUGUUUGUCAUAAUACUGUAUACUGUACUAUAGAUUAGAUAAUUAAUCUAUAUCAAAAGCAAAGUACACUAUUAUUAAAGUUAAUUGAAAAUUAUUGUUCAGAAUAACUACAGUACUUGAAACAUUCCAGGCAGGAAACUAAAAAAGCUUCCUACAGAAUGAUGGUAUGCAAUACUUGAAACCUUUUUAAUAUUUAUUUUGUAUAUUUUGAGGAAUUUCCAUAUUUUUCCCAAACGUAUUCUUUGCAUAUUACAUUGGUUGGUAACAUAACUGUAACCAUAAGAAUUACGAUCUGGUUAUAUCAAACAAAUACAUUACAUUGCAAUGAAAUAUAAAGUAAUAUUUGUAUAUUUUGGUAUCUUAAAGGUAUGUGCUGUAUAUAUAAAAUAUUUUUUCUACUUUCUUUAAUGUUAUAACUUAUAUGUCGGGUUCAUCUGGUUAUUUAUACUAUGCAGUAAUACAGAGUAGUAACACAUAUAUAUUUAAGUAUUAUUUUGUGUUGUCUAAAAUAUAAUUAAUAUUUUAGCAUUCCAUUGACAAAACUAAACUCCCAGUUUUUAGGGAUUAAAAGACUAUUUUAAUGUGUACUAAAUGAUGGAUCAAGUAGUGCCAGAUUUUCGAUCUUGUGCAAAGAUGUGCUAAUAAUAUUCAGUUUUUAGAGGAGUAAUUAUUUGAUGACUGUUGAUUUCAAAUCAGUGGUGUAUACAUUGGUGCCCCAGCCAGCCUGCCACCCCUCCCCACCUCCUCCUAAUUUUUUUAUGAAAGGAAAUGGGGAAAAGGAAAUUAUAUCAAUAUUUAAUUCUGAGAGUGCCAUUUCCGGCUACCUAGAAUUGCUAUAAUUAAAAAUGUUUUCACUUCAGCCCCAACGUGAUCUUCAACUUCCACCUGUGAAAAUUCCUCACUGGCCCUACUAUUUUGAAUUUCUAAUAACAUCAAAUGGCCCGACAAUUAAACUUGCACUAGAGUCUUUUCGCACCUAGCUACGCCGCUGAUACAAAUAUAAUUUAAUAAAGUAACUUAUUAAAAUACAGAUUAAAGAUAUCAAUAUUGUAUAACUGACACAUCAGGUCAUAAGAUUUGUCCCUAUACAACUGAAUGUUGAUUAUUUCUUGUUACCAAACAGGAGUCUCACUGGAGUCAUGGCAGCCCUUGAAAAAUUAAAAAAGAGAGGAUUGGA